AUGGCAAGUCUUGACAAUUGUUACCAAGAAGGCCCACAGAGAGGUUCUCUAUGUGAGUCGCCGCUUCUGUCCACUCGUCUCAACGCUGGAUUCCCCUUGCACACCCUGACUGGCCACAGUGGCAAGGUGAUGGCAGCCAAGUUCCUCGGGGAGUCUACCAAGGUUGUCACUGGCAGUCACGACCGAACACUCAAGAUAUGGGACCUGCGCAGCAAGCAGUGUACCCAGACCAACUUUGUGGGCUCGAGCUGCAAUGACCUGGUGACCUCUGAUGGCGCUGGCACAACCAUCAUCAGUGGACACUUUGACAAGAGCAUCAGGUUCUGGGACAUGCGCUCUGAAAACUCGGUUAACAAGAUCGAGGUCAACGGAAAAGUUACUUCUCUCGAUCUCUCAAGAGACUCCAAGUACUUGUUGAGCUGUGUCCGAGAUGACACUUUGCGAGUGUUGGACCUCAGGAUGAAUCAGAUCGUUGGCACGUUCAGCCACGAUGGGUUCAAAGUUGGUUGCGAUUGGGCGAGGGCAGUGUUCAGCUCGGAGGGACAGUAUGUAGCCGUGGGUUCUGCUGAUGGCUCAGUCUUCAUCUGGGAGGUCGCUACACAGAAGGUCGAACAAAUACUGAGAGACUGCCACUCGUGCAUCAUAGAGUAUUACCUCCGUUCUAACCUCCUCAUUUACGACACUGCAGAAGGCCCACCAAUGAUGAGUGACACUUCCGGUGCUACUCAAGGUUCCAUACUUGGCCCAGACCUAUGGAACACCACCUACCUCCUGAUGUCUGAGAUACCCAAGGAAACCGUUUUAGUUGUGUACGCCAAUGACAUUGCAGCUUUGAUAGUUGCGCGUAGGGUUGAAGAAGCAUGUUAUGUCUGUGGUAUCGUACGUACUUGUGCACAGUGUGGUUGUGAUGCCACACAGAAGGAGUCCAGUAACCGCAGUCGCCUGGCAUCCUUAUGGAAACUCCCUGGCCAGUGUGGACAGGUCAAGACGAGCAGUAGUGUGGUCGGACUAGAGGAACAGCUGAUCGUCAACUAG